UUAGCUGACCCGGAUGCAGAAGCCGUUUCUCCACCGGAUAUUGCCGCGAAUCUGAGGUCAGGAGUUCUCUCUCACAGCCAUCUUGGAAAUAGCGUCCUGAGUCGCGACCAUGCCCGGCGAAGCAACAGAAACGGUCCCAGUCACCGAGCAGGAGAUGCAGCAGCCUCAAGCAGAGACUGCUCCACCUCCUGCCCCAGCUUCCGCCCAGCACCCUCAGGUAGCCUCUGGCUCCGCCAAAGGCAAAGGUGCCAAGAGUGGGCAGGGUUCUUCUGCCCCAAAGGCUGUUCCUGGCAGAAGAAAGCGUUCUUCUAUGUCUGCCUCUUCCGCUUCGCCCACUUCACCUAAAUCUACUCCCUCCUCUACUCCCCGGUCACCUGUGGUGUCGCCUCUGGCUUCCUCGGCUGGUAGCUCCGCCCCAAAAGUAGUUAAGGCUGGCAAACAAGGAAAGGCCAAGAAAGGAGAGGCGUUUGAGCCUGCUCCUGUUCAGGUUGACCAGAAGGUCGCUGAGGUAAAGGAGAAGCCAAAGGAGCCUAGCCUGAAGAAAUCUACUGAAGCCAAGGCUGUCCCAGAUGAGUCUAAAUCUCAGCCACCGCCUGCAUUUAAAGUCACUCCAAAGCCUGCUGUUGCAGCACCAAUUUCCUUUGCUGACACUAUUGCUACCAGUCCCCCAAAAUCAGGUGAUGGGGUUGUUUCCUCAAAACCAGCUCCCCUUAUGCUCGACGAUGAGCUUCCUCCACUUAUCCCACCUCAGAAGCCUGUUAAAGUGUUAGUCUCUACUCCUCCUGUUGCCAAAGAGAGUCCCAAACCUCAGGGUGAUACGUCCGCCCCUGCAGACGUCACUAAAGCCAAGACGGGUACUGUGCCCAAACCUUUGCCUGUUGAAGCUCCUAAGUCACCAACCCCGGUGAAAGCUGUAGCUGAGGAGGCCAUUAAGCCAGCUUCUAAGGCUGCGGCCGGGAAGACUGGCCAAAACAAACCUGCUGCUGGGUCUGCAAAGGCGUCUGAUGAGACUAAAUUGAUCUCUAACGUGGCCCCUAAACAGGUCGAGGACAGUAAAGCUUCGACUCCUAAAGGUACAAAGCCAAAUGCAGGUGUAAAAUCAGCCCCGGCUGAGGCUGACAAGCCAGCAGCAGUGCACAAGAAAGCAGAGGUUAACAAACAAGCCCCCGAAAAGGGUGCCGUGGAAGUUCAUGAGGCUAAACUGGUUGACUCAAAGGUAACAGCUGCUGAGGCACCCAAACAAGCCAAACCGGUGGCUGCCGAUGCUCCUAAGGCAGCUUCUAAAACUCCAAACCAGGCCAAGUUGACUGAUGCACCUAAGCAGGCCAAACCGGCGGCCAGCGAGUCCCCCAAGCAGGCCAAACCGGAGGCCCCCAAGCAGGCCAAACCGGAGGCCCCCAAGCAGGCCAAACCGGAGACCCCCAAGCAGGCCAAACCCGCGGCCACAGAGCCCCCCAAGCCGGCGGCCAGCGAGUCCCCCAAGCAGGCCAAACCAGAGACCCCCAAGCAGGCCAAACCAGAGACCCCCAAGCAGGCCAAACCGGCAGCCACGGAGUCCCCCAAGCAGGCCAAACCAGAGGCCCCCAAGCAGGCCAAACCGGCGGCCACAGAGGCCCCCAAGCCGGCGGCCAGCGAGUCCCCCAAGCAGGCCAAACCGGUGUCCAGCGAGGCCCCCAAGCAGGCCAAACCAGAGGCCCCCAAGCAGGCCAAACAGGUGGCCAGCGAGUCCCCCAAGCAGGCCAAACCAGAGGCCCCCAAGCAGGCCAAACCAGAGGCCCCCAAGCAGGCCAAGCCGGUGGCCAGCGAGGCCCCCAAGCAGGCCAAGCCGGUGGCCAGCGAGGCCCCCAAGCAGGCCAAACCAGAGGCCCCCAAGCAAGCCAAACCAGAGGCCCCCAAGCAGGCCAAAACGGAGACCCCCAAGCAGGCCAAAGCGGAGGCCACGGAGGCGCCUAAACCAGCUUCUGGGACUCCUAAACAGCCCAAACCUGCGACUGUCGAGGCCCCCAAGCAGGCUAAACCAACGGCUUCUGAGGCCCCUAAAGCAACUGAGACUCAACAAUCCAAAGCAACAGCCGUUGAAGCGCCCAAGCAGGCCAAACCUUCUGGUGCUGAGACUCCUAAAAUGGCAAACCACACUGAUGAGGCACCUAAACCAGUCCAAAAACCCACUGAGGCUCCCUCAAAACCAGCUCCAGUUGAGCCCAUUGUUCCACCUCCGGCCCCCCGUAAACUCACUUUUGCCGAGGCGGUUGCAAAACCUGCACCCGUCAAGCCAGAGGCUGAGAAAAUCAGUGCGGCUCCCUCUAAUCAGGUGCUGUCGUCUAACGCUGCACAAACCCCAGCCAAGGCGGAGCCCGCGAUCAAGAUCGACAAUGGGUCUGGCACAGAGUCGGACAGUGAUGACUCAGUUCCUGAGCUGGAAGAACAGGACUCAGCACAGACACAAACACAACAAGCUCAGCUUGCAGCAGCUGCUGAAAUAGACGAGGAGCCUGUAAGCAAAGCCAAACAGAGCCGCAGCGAAAAGAAGGCCCGAAAGGCGAUGUCAAAGCUCGGACUUAGGCAGGUAACAGGGGUCACUAGAGUCACCAUUCGCAAGUCCAAGAACAUCUUGUUCGUCAUCACCAAACCAGACGUCUACAAGAGCCCUGCGUCAGAUACAUACAUCGUCUUCGGCGAAGCUAAGAUUGAAGAUCUUUCUCAGCAAGCCCAGCUGGCUGCUGCAGAAAAGUUCAAGGUCCAGGGAGAAGCCACAGCAAAGAUCCAGGACAACACGCAGACGCCCACAGUACAGGAGGAAAGCGAAGAGGAAGAGGUUGAUGAGACCGGAGUUGAGGUGAAGGACAUUGAACUCGUCAUGUCACAAGCUAACGUCUCACGGGCAAAGGCUGUACGCGCCCUGAAAAACAACAACAACGACAUUGUCAACGCUAUUAUGGAGUUGACGAUGUAACGGGAUCCGGUCAACAAAACUUUGAAGAAAGGUUGCUGAUUAAAUCAAAGCUCGUUUAUACAAUUUAUACCAAGAUGGAAAUAAAGUUGUGGCUUGAUGAAAUUAAAAUCUGGCAUUUAUUGAGAUUCUUGGGGCAACCAGGGGGAUUUCAUCUUGACUGUAGGUAUGAUUGGCCUGAGAAGAUGGACAUGGAAGUCUACAUCUGAUGGAGUAUAGUAACUUAUUUUAGAAACCAACAGGUUUUCAAAGGUCUGGCAUCUCUGUUGUCGCUCAUCUGUCCAAAAAAAAAAGAUUAUGGCACUUUUCCUUUGUCCCCUGGCGAAGUCUCUCUCAUCGUCCAAUGAAAGAGUCCAAAUUGUUUUCAUAAAGGGCUUAGAAGUCCUAUUCAGAGAAAUGGACAGAGUUCCAGCUGAGAUCAUUAAUGUAGUCCCUCUGUAACAUUAUCCGAUCCUCCAGCUGAGAAAUGAUUGUUUCCUUUACUGUUCUAGUCACCUCUGUCUGUAUUUGUCUGAUUUUGUUAACGCUGUAAAGACCAAAUGCCCCGACGUGUAAAACCCCGGUAUUAAAAAUUGCUGUACUUGCA